UUUUCGUUUCUCUAUCCUCUUCCCUUGGUGUCUCUCCCUUGGAGCUCUACGGAUCUACCUUGUGAAAAUGUCGUCGGAAAACUACUUUUCGUUCGUUCCGGGAACUGGGUCCUCGCCAGUUCUAAGUUUGGAACUGUUCUUGUGUGUGGUUUUGUUCGUUGGCGUCUUUGGUUUCUGGCUUGUGCCUGGUGGUUUAGCUUGGGCUAUGUCCAAGGCUAAAGCACGUAGCGCCAUUCCUGGCCCUUCUGGGUUACCUCUGCUAGGUCUUGUUUUCGCCUUCACUGGCUCUCUGACUCAUAGGGUUCUGGCCAAGCUGGCUCGUGUUUCUGAAGCUGCGCCAUUGAUGGCUUUUUCGGUUGGCUUUACUCGUUUCAUUAUCUCCAGCCAACCGGAAACAGCCAAGGAGAUUCUGAACAGUUCGGCGUUCGCGGACCGACCAGUGAAGGAGUCGGCUUAUGAGCUUUUAUUCCACCGAGCAAUGGGUUUUGCUCCGUUCGGGGUGUACUGGAGAAAUCUGAGGAGGAUUUCGGCCACCCAUUUGUUCAGUCCGAGGAGAAUCGCUGGUUUCGGGGAGUUUCGGAGGACUAUUGGGUUGAAAAUGGUGGAUGAGAUUAGGGUUUUGAUGGAGAAGAAAGGUGAGGUGAAGGUGAAGAAAGUGUUGCAUUUUGGGUCUUUGAACAAUGUGAUGAUGAGCGUGUUUGGAAGGAGCUACGACUUUGGAGAAGGUGUUUCUAGUGAUGCGGUUGAACUUGAGAGCCUGGUGGGUGAAGGGUACGAACUGCUUGGUAUAUUCAACUGGAGUGACCACUUACCGCUUCUCGGGUGGUUGGACUUGCAAGGAGUGAGAAAGAGAUGCAAAAAGUUGGUUUCGAAGGUGAACGUUUUUGUUUCCAGGAUCAUAGAUGAGCACAGGCUCAGGAGGGUUGGUGAUGGAGAAGUGGGUCGUGAUGGUGAUGACAGUUCAGGCGAUUUUGUUGACGUCUUACUCGAUUUGGAAAAGGAAAGCAGGCUCAGCGACUCUGAUAUGAUUGCUGUUUUAUGGGAAAUGAUCUUUAGAGGGACUGACACGGUGGCAAUCCUGUUGGAGUGGAUUCUUGCAAGAAUGGUUUUACACCCUGAUAUUCAAUCCAAAGCCCAAUCUGAAAUAGAUGCAGUGGUUGGAGCCACCCGGCUGGUGUCUGACUCAGACAUUCCUAAACUCCCUUAUCUCCAUGCCAUAGUAAAGGAAACUCUCCGCAUGCAUCCACCUGGCCCGCUCCUUUCCUGGGCACGCCUUUCCAUUCAUGAUACCCACAUUGGUUCGCACUUCAUCCCUGCAGGCACCACAGCUAUGGUCAAUAUGUGGGCAAUAACACAUGAUGAUGCUGUGUGGGAUGAGCCCUAUGAAUUCAAGCCAAGUCGCUUUAUGGAGGAGGAUGUGAGCAUUUUGGGUUCUGAUCUUAGGUUGGCACCAUUUGGCUCUGGAAGAAGGGUUUGUCCUGGGAAAGCAAUGGGUUUAGCAACUGUGCAGCUGUGGUUGGCUCAAUUGCUCCAAAGCUUCAAAUGGGUUGCUUGUGACUCUGGUGUGGACUUGUCUGAGUGCCUCAAGCUCUCGAUGGAGAUGAAACAGUCCUUGGUUUGCAAGGCUGUUCCUAGGUUCUCUUGAAAUAUGGAUUGAUGAUGGGGUUUGACAAUGAUUUGGGUGUGAUCUCAUCCAUGAUUUUGGAAGCCUUGUAUGGUGAGGUCAAACAGAUUACUUACUAUGGUUUUCCUUAGCGUUUUAAUAUCCUUGUUAUAAGAACAGUACUGUUGUUGGCUUGAAAGGUCGUGGUUGUGUAAUGAAAGUGCUUGGCUCUGGUUAGGUGCGAGAUUGGGUUCUGUAGUUUUAUACCUAGGAAUGGAGGAUCCAUGCAUUGUACAUGGCUUUUUUUGCUUUUAUAUGAAAGCAAUAUUAUAAGUUUGUCUAUUACA